AUGUUUUUGGAAGCAUCCGCCAUAUAUGAAAAGCUUUUGAUUGGAGAUUUACGAUAUCCGAUAUCCGCAUGCAAUUUUGUGGUAAAUUCUGGAGACGGUGACGUGGGUUUUGAGAUUGAGCGUAGAUUUAGGAGAAUGGUUAGAAUUACAUUGAAGAAAAUCGUGUAUCCGUGUUGGAAGCCAUUUAUGGAAGGAGAUAGUCAAAAUAGCGGUAGAAAGGGAGAUUUCGGUGGGAUUGUGGAUGGAUUAUGGUGGUAUGAGGACUCUGGAAAACAUGUUAAUGGUGAUUUUUCAAUGGCGAUGAUCCAAGCCAAUAGCGUGUUGGAGGAUCAAUGUCAACUUGAAUCCGGAUCAUUAAGCUCAAUCGAACAUGGACCUCAAGGAACCUUCGUCGGAGUCUAUGAUGGCCAUGCUGGCCCUGAAGCUUCAAGGUUUAUCAAUAACCACCUAUUCAACAAUAUCAAAAAAUUCACAUCAGAGAAUGAAGGAAUGUCAGAUGAUGUUAUACGCAAAGCAUUUUUAACAACUGAAGAGGAGUUUAUCUCUGUAGUUGAAAGCGAAUGGCUAAGCAAUCCAAAAAUGGCUUCUGUGGGGUCGUGUUGUCUGGUUGGCGUAAUAUGCAAUGGAGUGUUGUACGUUGCAAAUGCAGGUGAUUCUCGUGCAGUUUUAGCAAGAGAAGAGAAAGGCAUCAAUGGAUUCAAAGGUGUUAGGGUUUCAGAAGAACACAAUGCCAGUUAUGAAUCUGUUAGAGAAGAACUACGCUCAUUGCAUCCAAAUGAUCCAAAUAUUGUCGCAUUAAAGCACAAUGUCUGGCGUGUGAGAGGUCUUAUCCAGCCUAAAUCAACCACUAAUCGCGAUAAAGGUUUGUUCAAGUUGCAUAGUUUUCACAUUCAAGAUACACGGUCUAUUGGUGAUGUCUAUUUGAAGAAACCAGACUUCAAUAGAGAACCUUUAUUGCCAAAAUUUAUACUUCCAGAACCCUUCAAUCAGCCUAUUCUAAAAUCUGAACCUUCUGUAUUGGUUCAGAAGCUCACUCCAGAAGAUCAGUUUCUUAUUUUUGCAUCUGAUGGCCUUUGGGAACAUCUUUCUGAUCAAGAGGCUGUUGAUAUAGUCAAAUCUUCUCCACAAAAUGGAAUUGGGAGGAAGCUUGUGAAAGCUGCACUUCAAAAAGCAGCAAAGAAGAGAGAAAUGAGAUACUCAGAUUUAAAGAAAGUAGGGGUAGAGGGAGGUGUAAGAAGACACUUUCAUGAUGAUAUUACAGUUAUAGUCUUGUUUCUCAACCAUAAUUUGUCAUCCUCUGCAACUCCAGUAUCGUUUAAAUGUUCUUCAUAAAGUCCUGAAAAACUGAAUUCAGGGAUAUUUUUUUAAAAUUUCUAUUGAGAAAGGUUUUUGAUGUUUAGAAUUGGAGUAAUAAAACAUGGUUGAUGAUUAUGCCAAGAAGAAGAAGCUCUGGUGAUUGGCAUAUGAAGCUGAUUUGGAGUUGGGUUUUCUUUGUUGUUCAAACACAAACACUAGUUUCAUGUUUCUAUUGGAAUUAAUCUUCAUUGUUUUGUUGUUAUUAAUGGCGUUUUUACAAGAUUUGAACUUGGUUUGAUUUUAGUGUUAUGUUAUGUAGGAAUGCAAGGUCAACC